AUGUCGCAUUACAAAAACGGCUUAUUCCAGCAGGCCAACCAUGAUUCCGAAGAUGAAGUGUCUAAGAUGAUGGGGCAAUGUAAAGAACUAGCCAGGGAAAUCAAAAGGGACCGCCCGAACCGACGCUGUCUCCCCGCGGGGCUAUAUCGAACGUUCCCCCGUCGCCAAGUCAUCGAUGAAUUGGUGCAGCUAUACUUCACUACAACUGAAACAUGCUACCCGAUCCUCCACUAUCCCACAUUUAUGAUGGAAUACCUUGCUUGCAUUGAUGACCUGGAAGGUGCCAAAGGCUCCUUCCUAGUGGAGCUACUUCUCCUGAUGUCUGUCACCGGCAUGAUGCAUAAUGACGCUGGUGUUCGUGAAGAAUUGUGUUCUAAAACACCAACGUGGCUGCACAUCUCGCAGACGUGGCUCUCCGCCCCAAUGGAAAAAGAUCGUUUGACAAUCAAGGGCAUUCAGGUACAUUGUCUUCUCCUUCUCGCUCGUCAAGUCAACCGGGUAGGUGCCGAUAUUGUAUGGAUUUCGGUGGGGUCGCUCAUUCGAAUGGCCAUGCAAAUGGGACUACAUCAGGAUCCAGACCAUCUGGGGGAUAUGAGUGCUGGGCAAAAGGAAAUCCGCAGACAGCUUUGGUACACGAUUCUUGAAAUGAACGUCCAAGCCGCCCUUGAUUCUGGAAUGGCACCCAUGAUAACCCAUGCGGACUACAACACGCUACCGCCGUCUGGCAAAAUUCUCGAUGCCAAUUCAACAAUCCGUCAAGAUAAUCUGGAGCAAACAUACCUAACAGCGCAGCCACAGUUAUCCUUUCAGCACUUGUUGGCCGAAUCUCUCCCUCUGAGGACACAAGCUGUCAUUGUCAUAAAUAGCCUACAAGAGGAGCCGGAAUAUAAGGAAAUAUUGGCCUUGGGGAAUGCACUUUCUACUGCAUUUCGGAAGACUGCUGUGGCAAUCGAACGCGAAGUGUCGUGGAGCCAGCAGCCACCUAGCCAAUUUACGCAGAGCUUUUGCAGUCACCUGCUCCGUCGCUUCAUCUUAUGCCUCCAUUUCAUGUAUGCUGUAAAAGCUAGGGAAAAUCAACUCUACACCCACUCACACCAAGUGUGCUUGGACGUUGCUCUAGACCUUAUCGCACUUCUUGAUGAUCAUCUCUACUGCCGCUUGCUCAUCAACGGAGGUGGCAUGUUUCGGGAUAUCAUCACACGGGGGGCGCUGAUGCUCUAUCUGGAGUUGAACUCUAGCUUCAAUAGCGAAAUUUCAAUCCUCGCAAAGAGCAGACACCGCGCAUAUCAGCAGGUGUUGAUCAAAGAUGCUCACAGGGUUGUUAAAUACGCAAAGGAGAGAAUGUCUUGCGGGGAGACCAAUGUGAAAGGAUAUGUAUUUCUUAGUAUGGCAACAGCUCAGGUUGAGGCUCUAUUCAAUGGAUCAUCGGCUGAGGAGGCCAUGUCAAAUGCUGCCACAGAAAGCCUGAAAGUAUGUCACCAAAUUCUUACAGAGCUAGCCGGCCACAAAGAGGAUCAUUGCAUGGACCCGGAACUUGAAUCAUGGAUCUAUCAUGGCACUGUGACAUCCCCAGGGGCCAUGGGCACCGACUUCGGGGGUUUUAAUGACGACCCUCUCAGUUUUGAUUUUCUAACUUCAAAUCUGUUCCAGCAAUGGAUUGAUCAUAGUUAA